AUGGAUAUCAACAGAUUAACCAUCAAAGAACAAAACGAAUACAUGAAGAAAGGGAAAUGUUUCCAAUGCGGACAAACAGGGCAUGUGUCUCACGACCAUGCGACCAACCCCACCCUUAACACUGGAAAAGGAAGUACAUCCAAUUCUAGAAAACCCGCCACUCCCUAUAAGGCUAUCAUGCCACUGCCAAACAAAAACACCGCACAGAAAGUCUGUGCUAUCAUGGCAGGACUCGAUGACAAAGAAUUAGAAGAAGCAAAAGUUGCUUUUAUAGAAUCUUUGGAUAAAGAUCCAAACGAACCAGCCGAAGAAGAAUCAGACGAUGAAGAUGAAAACAAGGGUUUUCAAAUUCGAAGUGUACCUAACAACGACUUGAAUUCAAUGUGCGUUAACACAAGAAUUAUUAAUGGAAAGAAAACCGUCGAAACAAAAGUGUUUAUCGACAGUGGUGCUCAAGGAAUUUUUAUGGAUGAACGAUUUGCGAAAGAACACAGACUCCCGCUCUUGAGAUUGGAUAAGGAAAUCCAAGUCUCAAACGUAGACGAAAGCCCAAACAAGAAUGGACCCAUUAGGUUCUAUACCCGACUCCUGCAAAAAUCAAUGGAAAAAAUUAACCCCGAAGUAAACUGGACAAAAAAGACCAUCAAGAUUAUCCCAGACAGGAUAAAGAAACCGAACAUACGACAAGCCAUAGAUCGAGAAAUCCAGAUUCUAAAGAUAGAAUCAGAACGCAAGAAGAUGAAGUCAAAAGAAGCUUUCGCAGAUCAGCUGCGAAAAAUCCCUGACAGAAGAAACAAAAAGAAGAGAUCAACAGUCUUUAUUGAAGAGAUACCUGAUGAAGACGCAACCCCGAAGUUUGAAAGAUUAGCAGAUAACGAAGAAGCCAUUCUCAUAACUGUGAAUGAACUUCCCAAUCAAUAUGAAGACAUGCCAGCCCUAGUACCCAACACAGAAGAUGAUGAAGAAGAUGAAUCAGAAGGAGAUCUUGUCACCGCAUAUCUCCAAGAAGAAACUAUAACGACAUUCAAACCAGAGAAAGAAGAACCCCUGAAUCAACCCAUUCAGAUUGAUUCAGAUCUAGCAAUUAGAGCCAAGACAUCUAUAUCACAGAUAUUCGAAAAGAAAGCAUCAGAGCGCUUUCCCGAAUCGAGACCAUGGGAUCAUAGAAUCGAUCUCAAACCGGACUUUGUACCAAAGAGAUCGAAACUCUACCCAUUAGGACAAAAAGAAGAAGAAGAAAUGAACAAGUUUAUCGAUGAGAAAGGUUUUAUCAAACCAUCAAAUUCACCUCAGGCUUCACCCUUCUUUUUCGUAUCAAAGAAAGACAGCAAAGCACUGAGACCCUGUCAAGAUUAUCAUUAUCUGAACAGUUACACAGUCAAGAACACAUAUCCCCUUCCAUCUAUCGACGAUCUCCUAAACAAACUCCAAGGAGCCACAGUCUUUACAAAGUUAGAUAUCCAAUGGGGAUAUAACAAUGUCCAAAUUAAACAGGGUGAUGAAUGGAAAGGUGCCUUCAUCACUAAAAGAGGACUAUUCGAACUGACAGUAAUGUUCUUUGGAAUGACCAAUUCGCCCGCGACAUUCCAAGCCAUGAUGAAUGACUAUUUCGCUGAUAUGAUCACCCAAGGAUGGGUUUUGAUCUAUCUUGACGAUAUUCUCAUAUUCUCCAAAGACCCCAAACAUCAACAUGGACGAACCGAGAAAGUUCUAACAAGACUAGAAGAAAAGGAUUUGUUCCUUAAACCAGAGAAGUGCGUUUUCAAUGCCAAAGAAGUUGAAUACCUAGGUUUCAUCAUAAGGCCAAAUGAAAUCCCCAUGGACCCAACAAAACUAGCUGGAAUUCAGGAUUGGAUUCCACCAAAGAAUGUAAAAGGCAUCAGAUCAUUUUUAGGAUUUGGCAACUUCUACCGAAGAUUUAUUGGCAACUAUGCAGAAACCGCCAAACCCCUGAACGAACUUACUAAGAAAAUGAAAGUUUUCAAAUGGUCACAAGAAUGUCAGACGGCCUUCGAUAACUUAAAGAAGAAGUUUCUAGAAAAACCCAUUCUAAUCAUCCCUGAUCCAACAAAACCAUUUUAUGUUGAAUCAGAUGCAUCCAAAUGGGCUACAGGAGCCGUUCUCCGACAAAGAGAUACGAACGGAGAUUUGAAACCAUGCAGUUACAUUUCUCACAGUUUUACUCAGACAGAAAGGAACUACAACAUAUAUGACAGAGAACUUCUAGGCAUCAUAUGA